GUUGAAGCGGGUCAAAAAGUUAAUCAUGGAGCAGACGGAACAAGUUGCGCGCUCGCGACGAAGCAAGGGGAAUGAUAAUGCGACGAGUAAACACAAGAAGAGCACCACUACACCAGUUGGUUUCAAGCUCCACACUGAGUUGCUGGCCGAGAAGCGCACGCAGCAGCGCGAGGAUAAAGAGGUCGCGCAUCUUCGUAACGCUCAGCAGAAAAUAUUAGGCAAGAAGACAGUCGAUGACUUUGCGCAGCUGAAGCUCAUUCGACGCGAGUCUGCAGCCACCAGGAGUCGCAGUCUUCACUGCAACGGGAAGACGUUAAACUUAUCCUUGUCGAGGAAGAACAAGGAAUAUGAACGUCCUAAAACCAGUGAGCGAGUUCCUGAACGCACCGUCCGCUUAGAGUCCCGACCUCUGAUGUCUGCACGUCUAUCUAGUCCAGUUCUGGUCGCGGACAGCUUACCGCGACGUCCGAUGUCCGCCAAGCCAGUACUACAGUCCCAGCAUCGCUCCAGUGUCAGCCAUACUGUGAGCUUGGGCAGCGACGAAGAAGUGAAGCUGCUAAACAACGCGCGGUCCAAGACGCACUCUAAGAGAAAGAAGAGGAAGAAGAAGAUCAUCGACCGAAAGUCGGGGCGGCUCUCGUCGUCCAAAUCAACUCCAGUUUUGUCGGACAAGGCCGAGCACAGCGGGAGCUUGCCGGUCUGCAAAAGGAUUAACAUCAUUGUCAAUAUGCGCAACUUGCAGUUGAUCAAGGAGCCACAUACGCCUGGCGCGGCUUCUCCACCCGUCAUUUCUCGUGAAGCGUGGUGCGACUAGUGCAAGUCGGGUCCAUUUAAACUUCUCAAUGGCGCUGAAAGAUCCCCAGUUUUUAAAGAGUUUUACUUUUAGGGGCCAUUCACCUCCGCUGGCAGCGGGGACAACGAGUGAAUUCUGACCAUGACACUUGGGUAAGGCCAACUUCCAGCGCAACCAGCUAUGGGGAGAAACCUCCAGACUAAUCACACUUUCAAAAUUAGUACUUGAUGUACCCAUACAAACAGUU